AUGAUGCAACCGGCCGCGGCGAUCCACGAGCUAAGGCGAAAGACAUCCUCGACUUCAAGAUGUUUUCGGGAUCGAGCGAAUUUGCGACCAGGGGUCAUUCCGGCGCCGCUCUCUGUCCUCUCUCCCAUGCUCUUUGUGGUUCGGGUAGGAUGA